UAUACCGUUGAAAUAUAAGUAAAUGAAAAAACGGGGCCUAAAACUCCGUCCGGACAGUCAAUAUUCAGCAAGCACUGAGUGAACGUGGAUAUUCAGUAACUUCUCGUUGUAAUAAAUAGUCACAAAUCAAAAUGGGUAAACACGAAGUUGGGACACCAAAAUACAUUGCGAACAAGAUAAAAGCUAAGGGAUUACAAAAGCUAAGAUGGUACUGUCAAAUGUGUCAAAAACAAUGUCGUGAUGAGAAUGGCUUCAAGUGCCAUACGAUGUCUGAAUCGCAUCAGCGGCAGCUAUUGCUGUUCGCCGAUAACGCUGGCAAAUACAUGGACGAAUUUUCUCGAGAAUUUUCUCAGGGAUAUAUAAACUUACUUAAGCGUCAAUUUGGCACAAAGCGAGUCCCAGCCAACAGAGUUUACCAGGAUUACAUAGCCGACAGAGAUCACAUACACAUGAACGCGACAAAGUGGUUGAGUUUAACAGGUUUCGUCAAAUGGUUAGGACGAAGUGGUCAAUGCGUCGUAGAUGAAACUGAGAAGGGAUGGUUUGUAACAUACAUCGAUCGGGAUCCCGAAACACUUGCAGCGCAAGAAAAAAAGGCUAAGAAGGAAAGAAUGGACAAAGAUGACCAGGAACGCAUGAUGGAUUUUAUUGAGAAGCAGGUUGAACGCGGUCGUCAAGAGACGGAUGAAGAUUCAAGCGAGUUCAAAAAGCCGUUAGAAAGACCGGAGCAGGAUAAGCCUCUUGUUCUGGAACUCAAACUAAAACCGAAGCCUGCGCCUGUGGUAGGGCCCAGCAUUAGCUUUACAUCGGACAAUAAGUUGAAAAAGAAGAGAGGAAACUCGGGAGCUGACGAGCAAUUGUCAGAGUUUGAGUACGUGUCGAAUAAAAAAAUUAAGCAAGAACAACGUAAUGAGAAAAACGAAAAGAAGAAAGAUGCUAUUAAUAUUAAAAUUGAGAAGGAUGAAGGAUGGUUGCGAGAUGGAUUAGUGGUAAAAGUGGUAACAAGAUCACUAGGAGAAAAAUAUCACCGGGCCAAAGGUAUUGUACAAUUGCCAGAAGACACAGCACCUUGCUGUAUUGCACGAGUAAAGCUCACAAGCCCAACCGAAGUCAAGGACCACGUGUUAAGACUGGAUCAAGAACAUCUGGAAACUGUUAUACCGGCAAUUGGAAAGCCGGUAACAAUUCUGAAAGGACAAUUUCAAGGAGCCAUAGCUGCACUGAAAAAAGUUCGUCUUGAAGAAUUCAGUGUCGAUGUAGAAUUGCUUGAACGUGAUAAAGGGCUAGUUGUUAAACGAUUACCCUACGAGGAUGUCUGUAAAAUCAAUAAUUUCUGAGGGUAUCUAUAUUGUUAAUUUUUCUCUUGAUAUAUUUGAUUUGAUUUCAAGUUGAGCUAUACCUAAUAUAUAUAGACUAAUUGCUCUGCAUCUUGAAAAAUGUAAAUAAUUGUAAUUAUUAAACUUUGAUAA